AUGACGAAUGAAUCAUAGAAUAUGUCGAUUGGAGAUGAGGAUGACUAUUUAAGUUAUUUAUCGAAUCAAUAUGAAAAACUUAAUAAGUAAAAUGAGAAAUUGUAACAGUAAAGCUAGAAUUAAAAUGCGAUGAGUUGUCUUGAAAAAGCUAUUGAUAAAUACUCUGAUCUUAAUUAAGAACAUCUAAAUGAACUGCAAAUCUAACUUAAAUAAAGAUCUUAAACGGAGAGGUCAUUAGCUACCUAGAAAAAAUGUAACGACUAGUUGAUAGAUUAUCAAAGAAACUAAAAUGAGGACAUGGUCAAAUUAAAACAUGAGAAUGAAAUGAAAUUAGAAUAACUGAUGAGGGAUCUAGUUAAUAAGAAUUUAGAACUUGAAAAUGCGAAGUAAAUUAAGGAUACAGAAGUGAGAAAUUAGAAAGUAAAUCGAGAAAAUUAUGACUAGCAACUAUAAGGAGAAAUAAAUAUGCUAGAAUACUAAAAAUUUGAAAUGCUAAAACUACAUAAUGAAACUAAAAUGCAGGUUCAAGAUCUUGAAAAUGAAAAAAUAAAGGAAAUUUCCUCAGUUCAGAUAGAAAUCAAGAAGCUAGAAGAUGAAAUUGAGGAACUCAAAGCCAAGAUGUAGAAUAAAGAAAAUAAUCCAUACUUUAUUUAAGUAAAUGAGUUCUAUAAUGAAGUUCAAGAAUAUAUGGGAGAUUAUAGGAAGAUUUAUGAGAAAGUUGAAAUAACAAAAGAAUUGAAAAUACAGAUUUAUUAACUUUAAAGAAAACUCAAUGAUGUUGAGUACAGCUAUAAUUAAAAUGAAAUUAUCCAAAAGAAACAGCUGGAUGACUCAUACAGACUAAUUUAUUAAGAAUAAUAAAUUGAGAUAAAUAACUUAAACUAUGAGGUUGAAAGUUUAAAGCAAAAGUAAAAUCAAAUGCUAGAGAAGAGAUAGUCUUUUGAAUUACAACUUGGCUAAGUUAUCACCUCAAUUGGUGAGUCAAAAGAAAGAUAUAUGAUUACUUAGGAAAAUUUUGAGAAGCAUUAGUUUCACAACAUGAAAAAAUAAAAGCAGCUUUAAUAGAUGAAAGCUGAUACGGAAACUUCUGUGGUCGUUUAGGCCCAGAUAGCAAAUAAAAUCUGCGCAAUAACUAUAGAAAAUAAAACUAAAUAAGAUGAUAAGGAGAUAAUGAUGAUUCUUUUGCAGCAUAUCUACAAUGCUAUAUAGGGGAAAAAGCAUAAUAUAAAGGGGCUUUUAAGCUAAUUAGAAAUCGAAUAGAAUAAAAGUAAGGUAGUUAGAAUGCUGCAAUAAUACAAAAUACCUUUCAAAUGA